AUGAGUAGCGAUGAGGAUCACCAGAACCUAGCGAUUAAGGUGGUGCCGGCCGUUUUCGUGACGAUAGCAUUUGUGACCGUCGUGCUCCGAUGUUACGUCCGCGGCUGGAUCGUGAAGGCGUUUGGCUGGGAUGACGGCGCCAUGGUAAUGGCUAUGGCCUGGUAUGUGAUGUUCUCCGGGUCUAUGAUAGGCGCUGGACUACACGGCAAUGGGCGGCAUUGGUAUCAUCUGGAGCCAGAGGAGCGAGUCAUCGCCAUGAAAUACUGGUGGCUCUGUGAGAUUGGUUUCUGCUUCGCCUCUAUCUUCUGCAAGAUUUCAAUUUGCAUUUUCCUGAUGCGAAUCUGUAUCAAGAAGACCCACCUGUGGACUCUCUAUUCCGUCAUGGCCGCGACCGUUUUUGCCGGACUGGUAUUCAUGUUCCUCAUGCUAUUCCAAUGCAAGCCUUUGUCCUUCUUCUGGACACGCUUGCAAAAUCACCCUGUCGUGAACGUCGAUGGUGAAGGGUCCUGUAUAAACAUGGAAAUUAUUGUCAUCAUGACAUAUAUUUACAGUGGCUUUGCCGCAUUUUGCGACUUCACUGUGGGAAUAUUACCAAUCUUCGUCGUGCGCAAACUGCACAUGAAGCGACAGACAAAGAUGGCAGUAGUCGCAAUCUUAGGCAUGGCUUGCGUUGCAUCUUCCGCCGUUAUCGUACGUAUUCCUUUUGUGGACACUUUUAACGAAUUGGACGACUUCUUAUAUGCUACGGUUCAAAUUGCCUAUCGGUCUAAUCUCGAGGCCGGUCUCGGUAUCACUGCUGGCUGUCUCGCAACCCUCCGUCCCCUUCUUCGCCAAUGGUUUGGAUCAACCGUAGACCCAUCCUAUUCUGCUGGAUUCCCCAAAGAAUCUUUCGGCCGCUUCAAUGCAAGUGCGCAACGACCGGUGCCUUUGGGAUCAAUGAAUGGGACUACUCGAAGCGAGCUGAGACCCGAUAAAUUAGCUGUCAUGGUGACGAACAUCGAAAGCCAGAGAGACUUGGAAGGAUCUUGGCCCGGGUCAUCGAGUCUGAACAGUAGUGAGGAACGUUUAACCACACAGCAUCCUCCACUUCCAGGGAAAAUAGAAGUCGGUGUCCACCAGACGUUCGAGGUUACACGAACGGCGGCGGAUGGCGACGAUCUGAACGGCUCUCAGUGGAUGGCGAGAGAGCAUGUAUAA